AUGGCGGAAAACGAGGCUAAAGCCCGGAAGAAGUUGGAAGAUGCGGAGAAAAAAGCAAAGGGUGGAAGUGGAUUUUUGAGUGGUUUAUUUGGUAAUGCUAAAGCAGAAGAAGCUGCUGAUCUUUUUGUACAAGAGGAGUCAGAAAGCGUCUUAGCAUGCGAAGAAAAUGGUUGUGGAAUGAGUUUUGAUGAUGUCGCCACUUUUGAAGAUCAUUAUGAACGAUGUCAUAGAAGAAGGAAAUUGCCACGGAAAGAAUUUGAAGUAGCAAGAGUGAAUGAAGCUAGCACUUCUUGCAAUAUGUAUCCUCGAACACCGCGAGUAAUAAUCUUUGGCAGUGAACAGAAGGAGCCAACUUUUGAAGCUAGCAGAAUGAAAGCAGGGAAUUUAUUCAAAAUAUCGAAGUCAUGGAGAGAAGCGGGUGAUGCAUUUGUGAGAUCUGCAGAAAUGCAUGCGGCAGCUGCCGAUCGAAAACAUGAUGCAGCUUCAAAUUACGCAGAAGCAGCCAAUUGUUAUCGUAAAGUUAAUCCGCAGCAAGCGAUUGAUUGCUUAAUGAAGACUGCUGAAUUUUACACGGAUAUGGGUCGUUUUAAUAUGGCCGCUAAAUAUCAUUGCACGAUGGCCGAAAUUUUUGAAAGUGAGGCUCCAGAUAUGACACAAGCUAUGACUCAUUAUCAGGAGGCGGCUGAUUUUUAUAAAGGUGAAGAGAGUCGAAGUUCGGCUACAAAGUGUAUGAUUAAAGUUGCACAGUAUGCUGCACAGCUGGAAGAUUACAAAAGAGCAAUCAAAAUUUUCGAAGAAGUGGCUACUUGGGAAGCUGACCAUCCGACUUUAAAAUAUGCUGCGAAAAAUCACUUUUUCCAAGCUCUUCUUUGCCACCUUUGUUCUGAUUUGCUAGAUACUCAAAAUGCUCUGAAACGCUACGAGGAAAUUUCUCCAUCAUUUGUGGAUUCGCGAGAAUAUAAACUUGUCAAUGAAUUAAUUUCGUGUUUGGAAGACAAAAAUCAAGUAAGGUUUACGGAAGUAGUGAAAGCAUUUGAUAAAAUAUCACGUUUGGAUCAGUGGCACACAUCACUUUUGGUCAAAAUCAAACGAUCAUGUGGUGAUGAGGAUGAUGAUGAUCUUAAAUAA